UCCUCAACCCCAGUUGUUGCAGUGCUCUCUAGUACACUGCACUGUCCUGUGAGGAGGAUCCCUCUCUGAAAAGAUUUCUUCAGUUUUUCUUAAAGAGACUUGAACAAAACAAUUUAUACCAUUAUACAAAUACAUUCAUUUUAAGAUGUGUGUGUGGAUAUUGAUUGGCCUUUGCAUCAUCACAAAGGUGCAUGGGUAUUCAGACGGUGAUUUCCCACAGUCGUGUGACUCACUGUUACCUGAGCAUCGAAGGUCAGGGGUGAAUAUUCUUCCUCAGAACACUAAACCGCCCUAUAAGGUCACUUACAAACCUGGCAAUAAUGGAGAGCCUAUUACAGUUUCUCUCGAAAGCAACCCAGGACAUAAGUUUAGCGGAUUUAUGUUGGAGGCUCGAGAGACACAGAGGGUGGACGAAGGCCCUCCUGUUGGAAGAUUUAUCUCGCUUCAGCCUGAUACUCGGCUACUGACGUGCAGUCUCUCAGCAGACUCAGCUGUUAGUAACAGAUACAGUGCAGGAAAGACUUUGAUCAGAGUCAACUGGACAGCGGAGGGAGCAGAGCUAGACAUCACUUUCAGAGCCACAUUUGUUGAGUCUUAUGCAAAAUUCUGGGAACGAGUGGAUAGGAAAGUCACUAUACAAACCACGACACCACCACCAACUACCCAACCAAGUACUGCCGAGCCAAGUACUGCGAAGCCAAGUACUGCGAACCCAAGUACUGUGAAGCCAAGUACUGCCAAGCCAAGUACUGCAGAGUUAAGCACGACCAAUUCAUCCCCUGUUACUACAAGCAUUUCAUCCAGUACAACACAGAACACUCAACGACCCGACGCAUUAGGCCUAAAGCGAGAAGGUACUGUGCAAAUGUCUCUCGACAUUCUUUUUGUUGGAGUGAAAAUGGAGCUGCCUAAUAUAAUCACAAUCACAAUCACCAACAGCCUCUUUUCUCGUGGUCUAAUUAAGGUGUCAAACAUAUUGUGCAGUCUGCUUUCUAUGGCAGUUGAAAUAUCGGCCCCGAUUUUGUUUUGUGCGAAUGAUUCCUGUACAGUCACUCUCAUUGCUCUCAUGUGUGUGGUAAUAGUGAUUAAUUUCAUGGAUCUGGUAAUCGUCUCUCUGCCUAUUGGACCCAGUCAUGAACUAAAGGACAUCUGUGACCUUGCUGCCAAAGUGUGUUCUGUCAUCCACAUGGUUUUUACAAUUGCUGCACUCUUUGUUGCUGUUUUGGAGAUUGAUGACUGCCGAAAUAACAGGAAAGACUUUUGGCUUCUGAAAGUGAUGACCGCUUUCACAGUGUGGAUUUGCCUGUUUUUAAUUUGGACCUUUGUAGUCAGUAUUCAUAGAAAUGAGAUACUGGGGAGAAACAAAACAGGGAGUUCAAAAUGGAGAGAACAAGGAAAAAAGAACAAGCUCAGUGCAGCCGAAGUGAUUGUUACUGCUGUCUCAGUGAUCCUCAUCAUGGGAACCUUGUCUUUCACUGUAACUGUCAUUGCUGGGAUAUUUUUAGCAAAGCAGACUUGUGCAUGAAGUCAAGUCACAUCAUUUUUAUUUAUAUUAUCCAGUAUCAUAAAUCACAAUUUUCCUCAGGGAGCUUCACAAUCUGUACAACAUACAACACUCUCUAAGAUUCACAGCUGUUAUUCUUAUGUUUUGUAUAUUUAAUUAAUGUUGUAAUGCAUUUUAAUGGUUACUGAUUACAUAUAGUGGCUCUUGUAGAAGGCUUUAAAAUGUAUUUUGACAAUGUGUUUCCCUGGUUGGUGCCGCAUGAGCUGUAAAUAUUGCACUGCUGAUUUCAGCUUCAAAAUAAGAAUAAAGCCAUUUAGUGUGAAAA